GUAGGAGCAAAGUUUCGCCGGGAACAUGGCGGGGCUCAAGGGUUUACUGUUUGGGGGGAUACUUCUUGCGCUGUGCGGCGGUCUCUCUGAAGGACAGAAAAAGAAAGAGAUGGUGCUGUCGGAUAAAGUUGGACAAUUAAUGGACUGGGCUAGCAAGCGACCUGUUAUUCGCAUGAAUGGUGAUAAAUUUAGACGUUUUAUCAAGUCUCCUCCAAGGAAUUAUUCGGUCGUAGUGAUGUUUACUGCUCUACAGGCACACAGGCAAUGUGUGGUAUGCAAGCAGGCUGAUGAAGAAUACCAAAUACUUGCAAAUUCCUGGCGUUACUCGAGUGCUUUUACAAACAGGAUUUUCUUUGCGGUGGUAGAUUUUGAUGAAGGAUCAGAUGUCUUCCAAAUGUUAAAUAUGAAUUCUGCUCCAACAUUCAUUAAUUUCCCUCCAAAAGGGAAGCCUAAGAAAGGGGACACAUACGAACUGCAGGUUCGGGGAUUUGCAGCAGAGCAACUGGCACGUUGGGUUGCCGAUCGGACCGAUGUCAAUAUACGGGUCAUACGGCCCCCAAAUUAUGCAGGCCCUUUGAUGCUGGGUUUGCUGUUAGCUGUAAUCGGUGGCCUUGUCUAUUUGAGAAGAAGCAAUCUUGACUUUCUGAAUAACAAGACUGGAUGGGCCUUGGCUGCUCUGUGUUUUGUCUUGGCGAUGACAUCGGGGCAGAUGUGGAAUCAUAUCAGAGGACCCCCUUAUGCUCACAAGAAUCCACAUACUAACCAAGUGAACUACAUCCAUGGAAGCAGUCAAGCACAGUUUGUGGCAGAAACGCACAUUGUCCUGUUAUUCAAUGGUGCUGUGACCUUGGGGAUGGUGCUCCUGCAUGAAGCUGCCACUUCAGACUUGGAUGUUGGAAAACGGAAAAUAAUGUGUAUAGCAGGCAUAACCCUUGUGGUUAUCUUCUUCAGUUGGCUGCUAUCAGUCUUCCGAUCUAAAUACCAUGGAUAUCCAUACAGUUUUCUCAUGACAUAGAAAGAUCUUCUGCGAGUCAAGCCACACCAACUGAAGAUCCUAAAAUUCAUCAUUCACUUAAACCUUUAUGACUACAUACUAUUGAGUUACACUGUGGAAAGUGACACCUCCUUUAGCAAAUGAUUUUCUGUCUGAGAUAACACUGUGUUGGUAACAACAGACCAAAGAAGAUCUACGGUGCCUUAGUAAAGUCUAGCGAGGGGUGUUUUGUUCCUUUUUUUUUUUUUUUUUUAUGUAAUUUUGUUUUUCUUUUGUGUACAGUUUUCCUGCACCAUCAAGUCUUUUUAUCAUCUUCUUUUAACUUUUUUGUUUUUGACACUUUUUUUUUUUUACAGGAUGUUUUAGCACAAUGUGGAUUCAUUUUGACUAUGACUGAGCAUAAUGAGAUUUUUUUUCAUAUUGUACUGCACAUAUCUCUGUGCUUAGCUAGUUCAGACUAAUUUAAUAAAUGUAUAGUGUAUUCUCUGGAAACUGGAACCGCUGAUUUAUCUUCCCAGUUUGAAAGAAACAAAAUAGGUAAUAUUUUGCCUUUCCUGAAUACACAUUUGCAUCUUUUAUUUUCAUCAAGUGCAAAUGCAAAAUACAAAGCACAAUUAGCCAUAAAAUCACUCAGAACUGCGCAAUGACCAAUAUAUAUAUAUAUAUAUAUAUAUAUAUAUAUAUAUAUAUAUAUAUAUAUAUAUAUAUAUAUAUAUAUAUAUAUAUAUAUAUAUAUAUAUAUAUAUAUAUAUAUAUAUAUAUAUUCUAGUAGAAAAUAUUUACAUUUUUAUUUUCAAGGAUGAGCUUUUUACUUUGAAAGGUUACAACCUGAACUUUGUAACCGAGUAGUAGAAAUAUUUUUGCAGUAGUUACUUGCAGCAUUGCUGCCUUCACUCUUCCAUUUUGUUAUAAGAAAUGCAGCACAUUGUAAUCACCUACAGCUGCCAAAUGCAUGUUUGUUAUUGCAUCAUGUUUGUACACUGGUCCAGUAUGCAGUAAAAGAAGAGUUUUUCUACUCUCCUUCUACCAGAUCUCUCAUAUGGCUAAAUAUAGAAGCAGCUGACUUCUUAAAAACCAACGAUGUGCCUGUAUAUAUUCAACUCCCUUGAAGUUAAUUAUGUGUAGUAUAAUUACUCGUUACUGGUUAUACACAUUAACUAGACAUUCAAAGUGCCUCAUGCAUUUAUGCAGUUCUGCCUUCAAGGGUUUUGAGUCUCUGUAAUAUGAAGAAGCUGUUUUAUUGACUUGUUAAUUAUAUCUAGACAAUUUUCAAUAAAACAUUUUACAUUGGA